AACGACCGGCUACCCGAUGGAUCUGCAUACAGAAACAAAAAUGGUGGACACGAAUCCAAAACUUUCUGAUUCGCCGGCUUAUGAGAGAGCUAAGAAAGCCGUCGAUGAUGUCUAUGACUUCAGAGAUCAUUAUUUUGAAUGUCAAGGUUUGGAGAGAGCGGUCCACAAAGCUGAUGAUGUGCAAGAUGAGCUGAAGAACACACUUACAGUUCUUUCAGAAUUACAAGAUCAGGUCGCCCCAAAAGCUGUUUAUUUCAUGCUCUAUGGCCGAGCCCUUAAUGUGUUGUCUGGAUUCAACCAGGAGGCGCUAGAACUACUAGCCAAGGCUGUUAAGUUAGACCCGAGCUUGGUUGAGGCAUGGAACCAUCUCGGUGAAUGUUACUGGAAGAACAACGAUGUGAAAGCUGCACAUAACUGCUUCACAGGAGCUUUAAGUCAUUCCAAGAACAAAGUGUCAUUACGUAAUCUCUCGAUGGUGCUGAGGCAGCUUGGGUCGACUUCUGAGGAGAAACUCAAGAAUGUCGAGGAAAGCGUUGAAAAGGCAAAGGAAGCUGUUGGUUUUGAUGUGAAAGAUGGUACCUCAUGGUUUAUUUUAGGAAAUGCAUAUCUGUCACUAUUCUUCAACAUGAACCAGAGUCCCAAAGUGUUGAAGCAAUGUUUAAGUGCCUACACACAGGCUGAACGAGAUGCUGUUGCAGCGUGUAACCCAGAUUUACAUUUCAAUCGAUCAAUAGCAUAUAAAUAUCAAGAAGACUAUGAAUUAGCACUGAUAGGUUUUUCACGGGCUUCAGUACUAGACCCAACAUGGUCCGAUCCAAAAGAUAAGGAAAAAAACUUGACAGAUUAUCUAGAAAAAUUAUGUGAAUUUAUUGAUACUAAGGGAAAGUUAAAGGGUAAAAAGGUCCAGACGAUGCUCAAGUCGUUAUCAGGGAGUGAUCUUGGGCCGUAUGGAGGAGGGUCUUACACGAAUCCAUCGGGAAAAACAACCAAGUUAACAAACGUAUCGUUGGCCUCAUUGAAAGGGGAAAAGAAUUUAGAGAAGGUCGUUGUUGGGAAGGUUGUGUGUAGCCUGACCUCUGAUGACCCUGUGCCAUUUACAUUCUGUCUUGUGGAUUCACAGGAAACGUGUGUUGCUGUGACGACGUAUAACAUUGCCCUGGGAUAUGGGGUGAAGAUCGGAGAUGCUGUAGCCAUUCCUGAGCCAUUUGUACAAGACGUGGACGUCCAUCAUAAAGAUAAGGUUUUCAAAUUCCGUAGUAUACGCGUGGAUACACCUGUAGUACUGGUUGUGAAUGGACGCAAAUUGGGACUUGAUAGACAAGCGCCGUCAGUUUUAGCAGUCAGUGCUCAAAGUGAAUAGGAUAUGGGCAGAUUGCGAUGGAUUCGUGAGAUUCUCCUGUUGGACUUUCUCCUCUACAAUCGUCUUGAAUGCUGCAGUGAACAUUAUAAACCUGGUAUGUCAGUGGGUUGAACUAUUAUGCUCAGGUUGAAAACCUUGCAGUAAAAUGAGGGAGGAAUUUCAUUGAUUCUGUUGAUAAAAAGAGUGAUUAUCUGACAGUGUAAGGCUAUCACACAAGGUCACUCAUGGGUGGUGUAAGUUGUUCUCUCUUUUUGUAAAAGGUGACAACAGAUUCAGACAAACACGAUGAUUUGAAUGAAAACGAGUUCUGUAUUCUGAUCAAUUGUUACAAAGUUGCACUGAAAACCUUGGUGAUUAUUUGGCACAAACAUUUGAGAUCAAAGAACUUCUGGUAAAUCGGUAUAUUAUUUCAUUGAGCAGUAAUGUGAUGGCUUUAUCUUGUUCAUGGUAGGUAGGCCCUGAACUGAUCAAACAUGGCGUUAUCAUACUUGCAUAAGAAUUUUUUACAAUGACUAGAAUACUGUUGUGGAUACCAAGUAUCAAACAUGAAUAAAUGUGUGUUUUUAUAACCCCU